ACCGACCGGCGCUUCACACUUAAAAACUCGUAAAACCCACGGCACGCGCUGCCGACUCGUAAAAUAAUCGUAAAAAGUAAACACACAUUGGCCGCUCUUUAUCGCCCAUUAUGACGCUCGAGUGACGUUUAAGAGGCAAUAAAAUUAUCGAAAUUAAUUCCCCCGUAAGUGACAUUGGCGGAGGUCGCGUUAUCACGUCGCGGGCCGCGAUGACAUAAGCGGAGCUCCGCUCGACCGUUGCCAGUGACGUAGUGAGUGACUGUUGACAAUGAACUCGUACUUCGAGCAGGGUGGUUUCUACGGGGCCCAUGGGGUGCACCAGGGCGGCGGGGGCGGGGACCAGUACCGGGGGUUCCCGCUGGGGCUGACGUACGCCCAGCCUCACGGGCUGCACCAGGCGCGGCCGCAGGAUUCGCCUUACGACGCGUCGGUGGCAGCGGCUUGUAAGCUGUAUGCGGGAGAGCAGCAGUACGCGAAGGCUGAUUGUUCGAAGGGUGGUGGCGAGCAGCAGAACGGUUAUGGAGGGAAGGAGGGUUGGGGGGCAGGGUUAGGGGCGCUGGUGCGUCCGGCCGCGUGCACUCCGGAGGCGCGGUACAGCGAGUCCUCCAGCCCGGGCCGCGCGCUGCCGUGGGGCAACCAGUGCGCGCUGCCGGGCGCCGCCGCCGCCGCGCAGCCCGUGCAGCACCAGCCCACCAACCACACCUUCUACCCUUGGAUGGCCAUAGCAGGAGCAAAUGGCUUACGGAGGCGAGGGAGGCAGACCUACACGAGAUAUCAAACGCUAGAGCUGGAGAAGGAGUUCCACACGAAUCACUACCUCACGCGGAGGAGACGCAUAGAAAUGGCGCACGCUCUCUGCCUCACGGAACGACAGAUCAAAAUCUGGUUCCAGAACCGGCGGAUGAAGUUAAAGAAAGAGAUCCAAGCUAUAAAGGAGCUAAACGAGCAGGAGAAACAAGCGCAGGCGCAGAAGGCGGCGGCGGCGGCGGCGGCGGCGGCCGCGGCGCAGGGCCACCCCGAGCACUAGGCCCGUUGCCGCCCCCGCUCACACUCAGUGAUAGCUAAUUCAAUACACAAACCGCCGAACAGUCGAUGCUCUAUUUGUGUUUUGUAAAUUGUUUGUAAUUAUUUCGUUAUCUAAGUGUUGUUCGGUUGUUGUGAUUAUUUUUAUAAUUUUAGUAUAAUUUUAAUGUUUUCCAAUUGAUUGUUUGCAAACUCGAGAAGGAACAAUAAAUGAUGGUUAAAAGCUA